CCCCGCCCCGCCUCCCCCCUCGCGCCCCACAAAGCGCCGGAGGCGCGCCCCCCCGCAGCCCCCCGCGCCACACGCCGGAGCCCGGAUCGCGCGCUGCUGUUCGCCGGCGGGCUGAGGCGGGCGUCCGGGCGCGCGCCAUGGACGUGGACAGCGUCGAGUGCCUCUCGCUGCCCGACGCCGCCAUGGACGCGGACGACGUCGGCCUCGCCCUCCACCCGCACGGCGGGAUCCUCGCCGCCGCCUCCCGCCCGGCCGCCUACCCCAAGGCCGGCGCCGGCGCGGGGGGCAUCGUCGCGCCGGGGAGCAGCGUGCACGAGCUGCUCGAGUGCCCCGUCUGCACCAACUCCAUGUACCCGCCGAUCCACCAGUGCCAAAAUGGACAUACUCUGUGUUCCACAUGCAAAGCUAGGGUACACAAUCGUUGCCCUACUUGCCGACAAGAGCUCGGUGAUAUCAGGUGUUUGGCACUGGAGAAAGUAGCCGAAUCGCUUGAGCUUCCCUGUAAGUACUAUUCCUUGGGUUGCCCAGAGAUCUUCCCAUACUACAGCAAGAUAAAGCAUGAAGCGAUGUGCAGCUUUAGACCAUACAGUUGCCCCUAUGCUGGUUCUGAGUGUUCUGUGACUGGUGAUAUUCCUUACCUUGUUAACCAUUUGAGGGAUGACCACAAAGUUGAUAUGCACAGCGGCUGCACAUUCAACCAUAGAUACGUCAAAUCCAACCCAAGAGAAGUCGAAAAUGCCACCUGGAUGCUAACGGUGUUUCACUGUUUCGGGCAGUACUUCUGCCUGCACUUCGAGGCCUUCCAGCUUGGGAUGGCACCAGUGUACAUGGCCUUCCUGCGUUUCAUGGGAGACGAGAAUGAGGCGCGGAACUACAGUUACAGCCUCGAGGUCGGCGCCAAUGGCAGGAAGAUGGUAUGGGAGGGCACCCCCAGGAGCGUGCGUGACAGCCACCGGAAGGUGCGUGACAGCCACGAUGGUCUCCUAAUCCAGAGGAACAUGGCAUUGUUCUUCUCGGGCGGCGACCGGAAGGAGCUGAAGCUAAGGAUCACCGGCCGGAUCUGGAAGGAGACGCAGACCCCGGAUGGCACCUGCGUACCAGUUCUCUGUAGCUAAGCACAAGCAGCGAACAAUCUUCAAAAGAAAAAAAAAGGAUUCGAUGUCAUUUGACAUGAUAUCGCCUAUCCCGUCGCCAUGCCCUACUGUUAUCGUAUGGUCUGAGGCGACGUUUCAUGGUUUUGUCUUUGUUGUGCAAAAUUAGGAGGCUAGGAUGACCUUGUAAAGUAAACUCUGUAUAUAUGGCAUCCCACGGCUUAUUACAGGUUAGCUCAUCAAGCUCUCUGAUGCCUUCAGUCAUGUCUCAAGGAAACUGUAUCUUACUGAACUUACAUCAUCAGUCUUACAGCUUUAGAGGGUAA